AUGCUGAAAGCAAUUGAUCCUCUAUUUCGUGAAAUAUUAGCUCUAAUGGUUGUGAUUAUUAAUGCCUGUAUGCGAAGUGAUCGCUCUAGCCUAUAUCCAUACUUAAGGAAAUUAGUAGGCAAAGAUUAUGUCAAGCAUAUCAAACUAGAAUUAGUUCAUUACUUAUGUACACUGGAUACAGGAGCUCAUGCAAUUAAUUGUGCAGAUGAAAUCAAAAAUAUUCAAGAUAAUCAAGUCAUUAUCAGUCCAAGUGUUAUUUAUGAUGUUCCACAAUGCUUUUUACCUAGUAGCGCAUUAGAUUUUCAUCAGAUGUGGUAUCGUGAAACGCCAAGAAUUGCUAUUAAUUUUAGUAAGCUCUCUGUACCAUUUACAAACUGGUUAUUUAGUCAUAUCAAAGAUUAUGACAUUGAAAGAUUAUCGAUGAGAUAG